CUCACGGACAAGCGAACCAGCGGCCGCCUCGGACUUGCUGGAGGUCUAAACCCUCCCGCCUGCACAUUUCACUUGAUUCGCUCAUUGAUUUUUUUUUUUAAUUGAUUCAUUUCUGAUACUUCAUGUGUGAUGGCUAAUGUGUCAGCGGUUGAUGCGGGAGUUUUGUUUCUUAUCCUGGUGACAACAUCUCUGGCAAACGGUUCUUCAUCUGGCGAAGAUGUGAGCCGGAGGAGGGAGGUGGAAGUGGUCAAGCCGAGCACGCUCCUACCCCGUGGCGUGGACGACCGCGCCGGUGUUGCUCCUCGCGGUGAGGUGAAGCUCUGCUCGGCCUGUGACCCGCCAGGGGCCGGAAGGCGUGCAAAGAGAUGCACGUGUUACACUUACAAAGACAAAGAGUGUGUGUAUUACUGCCACCUGGACAUCAUCUGGAUCAACACACCAGAACAUACAGUACCGUAUGAUAUGUCCAGUUACCAGGGUUCCCUGCGUAUCAGGCGCUCCGCCGGGACUGAGCGGCGGAGAAGGGGGAAGGAGGCCCAGCGCUGUGUGUGUAAACUGCAGACUGACUCUGACUGCAGCAGCUUCUGCAUGGACAGGGAGAAGAGGCCAAUCCUAGCAGCGCUUAAAAUAGACAAGGGGACAGCAACUGUAAUGAAAUGAACUAAAAUGGACCAGGUCACUAUCUGAAAGGUGGACAUACAUUGUCUUCACAUAAGGCAUCCCCUUACCUGGAAAAGUAGUUUAUAAAUCUACGUUUCUGUAGAUGGACAGAUGUUUGUAGUGUGCUCAGCGCCUUGUCAUCAGACUGACAUAAAGGGCACGGAUUGGAUGAAUAACCACAAAACGUUUUGCACAAAAACUGAAAGUGAGGGGUACCAGCAAACACGGACUGCGUGCCCCCCAAACUCUCUCUGCUUUUGUCUGUUCGGAAGGUGUGGACAAUGUUUUUCACCAUGCUGUGAAAAAACAACUGAGGAUGGUUUACGUGGCCAGUUUGUGGCGAACAUGAAAGACUUUGGAAGGACAUGUUGCUCUCGGUUCCAUGCCGUGUGAUGUGGAGGCCACUUUAAGAGCUGCUGCCAUCCGACUCCACCAACUCAAAUCAUACUGUUAAAACCUCACCACAAAAAACUCAUCACAUAACCCUGUUUUCUCCGUAGGGACAACAUUUAACCUGCCCCUCUGCAUCAGCAUGCGGUCAGAGCCAGUAACUCAGCAUUACUUUUAAAAAUUCACAAUUUUUCAGUCACUGAAACAUCCAUUAUUUUGGUGAUUAUGUUCCUCCCUUAUGAAUGGAGUUAGUUUCAUUAGUAACACUUGAAAGCACACAGAUCUCUUCAGUGAAUUAGUGUACUUUUCCAUGAGAUUUUUGGAGAACAAAAAUAAGCAAAACUCAUUUUAUAGUAUUUACUUUAUUAAGCUGAAUGCAUGCAAGUCUUGUGUAUAUGAAAUGUGUUUCAGUAUAUAUAGGCUUAAAUUAUAUUUUUGUACAAUACCUAUAUGUACAAUGCAGGUAUAUACCCUGUGGUAAAGAACCUAGUCAAGUAAAAAAUAACAGUGAACCGUACAGUAAAAGCCUGGUACAUCUUAUUUAUCUUCAGUCUUUUAAUAACUGGGCCACCAAAUAAUUCCUCAAUCAACCAACCAUCUGCACAAGAAAGACGGUAAAAAUGACAGCUGUAACUAGUGGUUUGCUGGAAGUCAGGCAUCGCUCUCUACUGAAGACUUCCCCAGUAAAGUGCUACUCGUAAUUCAGUUUCAGUCUCUGACUAAAGGGAAAAAAUGGAUUCCUUGCUACAUAAUAGAAAGAUUCUGCUGCACAUUUGGCUUUAUUUAAGCAUAUUUAAAAUUUAUCAGCUCACCUUUACAUUCCUGCUUAUUUCAUAUCAGGAGACACUGAAUUAGGCUAGCUAUAGUCUAUAUUUUUCCUGACUGAUGCCAGUGUGUCAUACCAACAGCUUAUUGUAGAAUGUAUUUGCUCAAGCCCAUAAGGCAGAUUUAUACCACUACAUUUAAUAUUAAUGCCACUGGUGUUACCAGAAAAGUGUAUCAUAUUGAUCCAUGCUGGACAGUAUUCCUAGGAAUUCAUAUUCAGUGAUUAUAUAGUGCAUGAUUUUGGGUCUAUGGCAUUGUUCAGCGCCAAUGCAGGAAGUGGUGUGCCCUUUAUGAAGCGAGGCAGAAAGGAAGAGGUGGUGGGGGAAUGUUGAACACAUCCGACUUUCCUUCACAAGACCGAAGAAGAGUUUGUGUCUUGUCCCAAUAAAAAGUUGAAUGCUCACUUUUUUUCCCUAAACAAAAGAGAACUUGGGGUGUAGAGGUUAGAGUGGUAAAUGGGUGUUUAAGCACAUCUGACUUUCUUUGAUGGAAACUCGAGUUUGUGUCCUGUCACAAUCCAACCUAAUGUUUGUUUUCUAACCAUAACAACAAUCUUCUCCUAACCUUAACCAAGUGUUUGGUUACCCAACCUUAAUCAUGAUGAAUUUACCAUAACGACAAUCUUUGCCAGAGCUGUUGUCCUUCUCUCAUGUCCAUCAAAAAUAAACAUCCAUAAAUCCGCUUAGAAAUAAUAGAAAAACAACACUUAGAAAAAUGCCUGAGCUAUCCUCAUAUAAUUAAGUUUUCUUCCUUCUUUUAAGCUGACGAGAAAAAAGAAAAAGAAGCCCUUCCGGUGGAAAAAACUCAGAGGUCCACUUUAAAAUACACAUGCAUCUGUUGCUCCAGACAGGAUUUCAAUUACAGGAGGACCAGCAUGUUUGCCAAAAAACAAGUACUGUAACAACAGCCAACUGGCUCAAUUUCGGAUCAAUAAGAGCUUGUAAAGUGAUGGUCACAGAUAACUUUAAAGUUUGCAGUUUUAAAUCAACCUUUGUAAACCUGUAAAUAUGAGAAAUGACAUUCAGAUUUGUACAUAAAUUGAAAAGAUUUGUGUAGAAAAAAAAAUAGACUGAAUAAAAUCUGAACAAAUGAUAUCAGUGGUGAGGUUACAGAAAGUAACUGUUAAAAAAGAAGCAAUUUCCUGAAUAUCUGUGGAUACAAAGCAGAAAAUCUUGUAUCUAUACAAAGCAAGCUCUCUGCAACCCAAGUGGGUUUAAUUAUAUCUGGUGAUGCUGUAGAAAAAAAUUAAUAUGAAAAUUAAUAUGCUGUGUAUGUAUGCAAAUCCACCUGGGUCCCAGAAGAGCCUCCUCCGUCAUCCAUCUUUAAAAUCUACUACAAAACCAUCCAAGUAUUACCAGCUGCAGCUGCAAGUGAAGGAUGGACGUGAAGGAAGUUGAACUUCCAAAUAUGUUUAGGUUUAGGGUUUGGGUAUGGUUUGGACUCUCCUUCGCUGUUAGCAAAUGCCUGCUGCAAACAAUAAUGGACGUGGUUUGCAGGGAGCGUGGUUAGUUGGGUCUGCAAGGCUGCAGCUGGACCCCUCUCGCACAAUCUGCUCUCCGACUGGACUCUGUUUUGUGACUGAUUGUCAUUGUCAAAUCAGAUUCAGGGGUUGAGACAGGGUCAAAAUUCAUACGUGCAACAUCAGCGUUUUACAUGCAGUUUUCUGCUCUGUAUCUGUACACAGAUACAUUCCUUGUUCUGAAGAAAUAGUGUAAUUCUGAUGUGAAAUGUUGAAAUGUAGUCACAUCUACAGCCAAAUUCCCAGCAUCUUUCUUUCCCUGAAGCCAUUACAGACUAGAUCCCACUCACCACCUUAUUUAAAUCCUGAGGUAAAGACAGUUAAGACUGUGCUCAGAUGGCCACGCUUCAGAUAUGUGUCAAGAUUCUUUUGUGGGGAUUUUUGAGGUCACUCAGCCCUGUAAACAGAUCUGGGUCACACAGGCUGCAGUGGAGCCUUUGUCACACAGAUAUUAUACUGUGCAAAUAACUGGACGUUACAAAAUUUUACAGGCAUCUGCAAUAAGUUUUGCUGUGUGAAUUAACCUCCCAUACCUUCCUCUUUUCCUCUGAUGUAUAUUUACUCUCAAAGGCUGACUAGUUUCCUUACCCAGUAAUGAAUGAAAAAUAUAAAAAGAACAAUUUUAAAAGUUUAAACUCUUGAGUAAGAGAUAGGAAAGAAGAAAUUUGAUCAAAUUCAACUGGAUAUUUCUUUUUCAUUUUUGCUGGUCCAACACAUUUUGUUCCAAUAAUCGUAUAAUCCUCAAUAAUGUACCUAUUCCUUUGACAGUAUCCAACUUUCCGAACUAGCUCUGAAUACAUUAAUUUCAUGAAACGAUAAACUUUUUAGGACAACUGUGAGCAGGUUUUUCCACUGGGAGGAUUUUAGGAAUUUUUGGCCUAGACCCAGCCCUAUCAUGCAUGGGACUAUAAAUACCAGACCAGAGACCUACUCGAAAUACAUAAAUAGUCACUGCACAUGUUGGGCUUGGAUUCAUAAUUUAAUCAUGUCCACAUUUAAACAAGUCAUGGCCUUACCCUGUUACCUUUCUUUUGGGACUUUUAGUAAAAACAUUACCAAAUGCCUGGUAAAAAAGUCAGAAAUAGUCAAUUUUAUUACAGUAACAUUUGGCUUUUCACAGCUUGCAUGUUUACCCUAAUUCUUAUUUUAUUAAGAAUUAGGGGAAUUAUUAUUUUAGCUUGCUUUCUAAAAAAAAAUG